UAACAUGGACUGUUGGAGUCUUUUUAUUUUAUUAUUUUAUGUGUUUCUAUUCGAUAGCUGCCCAAGAUGAAAAGCUUCGCUGGACCUACAGUGGUUUGGUGGGUCAGUCCCAGUGGUCCGAGCACUUCUCCGACUGUGCAGGAUCCUCUCAGUCCCCUGUCGACGUGGUAACCAGUCUGACCAAAUACGACCCUUCCCUGACCCCCAUUAGUCCGCUGGGCUACAGUCAGCACAACCACCAGCCAUUCACGCUGCUCAACAGUGGCCACACAGUUAUGGUGUCCCUUCCCGAGUGGAUGGGUUUGGGGGGGCUGCCCUGGCUCUUCAGUGCUGUCCAGCUGCACCUGCACUGGGGCAGCGGCGGGCCCAGUCACGGGGGCAGUGAACACACCAUCGAUGGGCUGAGCUCAGAGGCAGAGCUCCAUAUUGUCCAUUACAAUUCUGAGCUGUUCCCCAACAUCUCUGCAGCGAUGAAGCAGAAGAACGGCCUGGCUGUUUUAGGAAUCCUGAUUGAGGCAGGUGACGAGACCAACCCGGGAUUUAACAACAUCAUCCGCUACUUGAGUCGAAUCAGGCAUGCAGAGCAGGAAGUUCUCAUCCCGGGGUUUGAUGUUUCAUCGCUGCUACCCAAAGACCUCAGCCGUUAUUAUCGCUACAACGGCUCCCUGACCACGCCCCCCUGCUACCAGGAAGUCACCUGGACUGUGUUUUACGAGAAGGUCAAGAUCUCCAAGACCCAGCUGUUCAAACUGGAGACAAUUCUUUAUUCGAGUAAAUAUGAGGAGAUGGACCGGAUGCUUCUGCAGGACAACUACAGAAGCACACAGCCGCUCAACCACAGAGUCAUCUACAAGUCCUUCUCUGCAGAACCAGGGAAGGAGUUGUCUUCAGGUGAAGUCACCGCCAUCGUCAUUGGAGUGAUCUGUGGAUGUGUGGGGCUGGCCGUCAUCAUUCGCUUCAUUAUAAAGACCAUUCGAUUUUUCACACUUCUUCACCAUGAAACUGAGGUGGUGAACAGCUCGACCUCUAGCUGGGACCUCCUGCACAGUCAGCGGCCUGCUCCCAUGCCCAGGGAAAACGAUGUUGGGAAACUGAACAGCAAAAAACAAGACGUGGCUGUGAAUUCAAGACCCGAGCGAGAGAAGAGAGAGGAGGUCGUCCUGUCUCCUAAAACAGAGCCUUAG